AUGCGCGCAAGCUACGUGUUGCUGGCGGUCGCAGCUCUUCUAUCAGCUUGUGACGCUACAGCUGACACGAAGACACAGGCAGGCACGACCCACAACGAACUUCUGAACAGGCGAGCACUGCGACUUCAUGGAGCGACAACGGAGACAAGAGCAAGCGAGGACGAUGAAGAGCGCAUAUUCAGCGUUUCAAAGAUCAUUGGCUUGAAGAAGGCGUCUGAAAGCGCCCCAGCUGUGGAGAAGGCGCUCAAAAAGGUCGUGAGCUUGGAGAAGACCCCCGCUCUCCAUUCGAACCUCUUCCUGGCCGACGACAUCGAGAGGAUGACGCGCGACAAGAAUUUCAAGAUCGACAGGUGGGAGCAGUGGUACGUGGAGAAGCUCAGCCUCGGGGACAUCCGGAAGGAGCUGAAUAAGCUUGGUCUGAAGAACAAUCCCGACUACAAGAAACUCCUUGUCGACUACAUCAACGUCUACAAGGCCAGGGUAGACGAGCUCCUCUUCCCCGCUGUGGAGAAGGCGGAGAAGGCUGGGAAGAAGAUUCAGUUCGGGACGAACUCGGAGACGACCAAGAGAAGAUCGACGCGGUGA